AUGGAAGUGGUAGCCGACGCGGGUCUACGUGAAUUUGAUGCGCCAAGCCGUCUUCCCAGCAUUGGAAACAUGAUGUACGCCCGUCGACCUUCGGUCGCACAGACCGAGCAACUCCUUGACAGUAUCGAGCACCCGCGCAAGAGUGCGGCCUCUUUCUCCGCCCUCAACCGCCUGCCCUCCCUCCCCGACAACCUGCGCCUGAGCUCUUCCACCAACCUUGACCUCGUUGUGCCGGACGCUGAUGACCCCCAAAACUCGGAUGACUUGACCAACGAUGUUUUCGACGACAAACCUGCCCCUUCUGCAGCCACCUCCACCAACGCCUCCUCCAACGGUGCGCAGGCCUCCGACUUGUUGACCAAGCCCCCUGGCGUAAAUGAUGUUGCCACUGAUCCUUUUGGCGAUGGCAGCGUCUCCGCCAACACGUUGAGCCAGAUGGCCCCAGAGCCCAGCAAAAUUCCUUUGACACGCGCCUCAACAGCCCCCAACCUCACCACUACCAUCAGCUCUACGGUCACCGGAACGCAACCCGCUGGUCCUGUGACGCAGUCCCUGCUUGGGUCGGUCCCGACCCUUGCCCAGCCCCAAGUCCCAGCCCCUGUUGGAACCAUCACCCCAUUCAAGAAUGCUGAUCAGGCUCAAACCGACAUGCCACACACCGAAUGCCUCCAGCUUGCCCAGCGUGUGGCGCGUCUUAAUCACGUCAAAGCCGACUUGGUCAUGGCCAUGCUCACCUCAUUGCUAUCGCUGCGCUUAUGUUCCCUGAUAGGUGCCGUUUUGGAUAUCAUCCGCCACACCUCUGAGGAAAACGUGUCCUGGUGGUAUCGCCCCACUGGUGGUAUUGAAGUGGAUUUUGAUCGUCUUCCUCGCAAUACCCACAUGGUCAUCAAACACAUGCUCGCCGCUCAAGAGCGCAAGGAUGCCCCCGUUCCCAGCCGGCGGCGCUUCAGCCAGUCAAAUGGCGCCCAGAUCACCCCCAAACGCGCACACAAACGCCGUGGCACCACCAGCCGCACUUGCGUGUCAUGCAAGACGCAUGAGUAUGUCUUUCUCUCGCACAAUGACCCACUCUCGACCGAGCCAUUUUGA